AUGAUAUUAAUAUCACAAUUAAAAUUUGGUUUAUCAUCUAGUUUAAUUAAAGAAAUGUUUCUCUCACGUAUUCGUACAAUGAGUACUAUUCCAAUAAAUUCUUCUAAUCAACAAUAUGAUAAAACUCAAGUAAAUACAGGAAUUCUUCUACUUAACAUGGGUGGACCAGAAACAACUAAUGACGUAUUGGAUUUUCUUACUCGUCUGUUUUCUGAUAAAGAUCUUAUUCCAUUACCUGUACAAAAAAAAUUAGGUCCAUGGAUUGCUCGUCGUCGUACACCAAGUAUUCAAGAACAAUAUGCAAAAAUAGGUGGAGGAUCACCAAUUAAAAUGUGGACAGAAAAACAAGGUCAAGGAAUGGUUAAAAUCCUUGAUCAAGUAUCUCCAUCAACAGCACCUCAUAAAUUUUAUAUUGGUUUUCGUUAUGUUAAGCCAUUAACUGAAAUGGCUUUAGAUGAAAUUGAAAAAGAUCGUCCUAAACGAGUUAUUGCAUUUACACAAUAUCCACAAUAUAGUUGUUCAACAACGGGUAGUAGUUUAAAUGCUAUUGCAAGAUAUUAUGCAGAAAAAAAAGAAAAAUUAGGAUUAGAAAAAGCAAAUAAAAUAUCUUAUUUUGAUGAAUCAAAAGAUAUUCAACCAAUAGAAGAUCUUAAAUGGAGUGUUAUCGAUCGUUGGCAAACACAUCCUGGACUUGUUGAAGCAUUUACUGAGAAUAUUCGUAAUGAAUUAAAAAAAUUUCCAAUACAUGUACGAAAUGAUGUAGUAAUUUUAUUUUCAGCACAUUCAUUACCAAUGACAGUAGUUAAUCGUGGUGAUCCUUAUCCAGCUGAAGUUGCUGCAACUGUUCAAGCAGUUAUGGAAUCAUUAAAGUUUUCAAAUCCAUAUCGACUUGUUUGGCAAUCAAAAGUAGGACCUAGACCAUGGCUUGGUUGUGCAACUGAUGAUGCUAUUAAAGGUUUAGCUAGAAAUAAUCGACGUCAUAUUCUUUUAGUACCAAUUGCAUUUACAAGUGAUCAUAUCGAAACAUUACAUGAACUCGAUAUAGAAUAUAGUCAACAUCUUGCUAAAAGUGCUGGUGUUGAAAUGAUUCGUCGAUGUUCAUCAUUAAAUGAUAAUCCUUUAUUUAUCAAAGCUAUGGCUGAUAUUGUUUUAAAACAUUUACAAAAUCAACGUCGUCAUACAAAUCAAUUGCCUUUACGUUGUCCUGGUUGUGAAAAUACUUCAUGUGAACGAAUGCGACAAUUUUUUUGUUCAUCUACAUAA